GCCUCCACCACCAAACCCCACAACAACAACAGUAUCCCCUAAAACUAUUUUAUACUAAAACUAAACAACCAUCAACAAGAAACUACAACCAAAUUUGACCAUAUAAAAAUAUUCAUUGCAUUUAUACUUUUUUAUUUUAAUUUUAAUUCAUUCAAUACCAGAGAUUCCAAGUGUUUUGGUUUCCAAUAAACCUUUCAAGAUCUCAAAGGGGCAUGAUCAGAACCUAAAAAUACAUUCUUUUUACAUAUAAACAGUGUGUUCAGGAUCGUGAGAGUUGAUUUCACGACCCUGACACAAUAGGGUUGUCUCUGAUUUUUGUUUUUCUGGUUGGUUUCUUUUGUUUUUUUUUCCUUUUCCUUUGAGUUAAGGUUUUGGUCGGAAAGUUUUGAUUUUUAAGAUACCCUUUUCUUAAAAACCAUGAUUUCAUCGUUGAGACAACAACCUAGUAUAGCGAUCAGUGGUUCUGAUGUUGUUUUAAGGAAAAGACAUGGAACCCUAGUUCAACCACAGUCGUUUUUACCUUCACUGGUAAGAGGAAAAUCACAGAGAUCUCUUGUUUCAGUGCAAAAGCCUCUUCACCUUGCAUGUGUUGGUGUUGGAAAUUUUGGGUCAGUGAAGAGUUUUGAUUCAGUGAAGGGUUUUGGAAGUGAUGAUUUGGUUAAGUGUGAAGCCUAUGAAGCUGAUAGAUCGGAGGUUGAAGGUGCAGCAACACCAUCAGAAGCUGCAAAAAAAGUGAAAAUUGGGAUAUAUUUUGCAACUUGGUGGGCUUUGAAUGUUGUUUUCAAUAUUUAUAAUAAGAAGGUUUUGAAUGCAUACCCUUACCCUUGGCUCACUUCAACUCUCUCACUUGCUUGUGGCUCCCUUAUGAUGUUGAUCUCUUGGGCCACUAGGAUAGCUGAAGCACCUAAAACUGAUUUUGAGUUUUGGAAGACUUUGUUCCCUGUUGCUGUUGCUCACACAAUUGGACAUGUUGCCGCUACGGUCAGUAUGUCGAAAGUUGCGGUAUCAUUUACACAUAUUAUCAAGAGUGGCGAGCCUGCUUUUAGUGUUCUGGUUUCGAGAUUUAUUUUGGGUGAGACCUUCCCAGUGCCAGUCUAUCUGUCCUUACUUCCAAUCAUUGGUGGAUGUGCACUUGCUGCUGUGACUGAGCUCAAUUUCAAUAUGAUUGGUUUUAUGGGGGCUAUGAUAUCAAAUUUGGCAUUUGUGUUCCGUAACAUCUUUUCGAAAAAGGGGAUGAAGGGAAAUUCUGUUAGCGGAAUGAACUACUAUGCUUGUUUAUCUAUUUUGUCCCUUGCAAUUCUCACACCCUUUGCAAUUGCCGUGGAAGGGCCACAAAUGUGGGCUGCUGGAUGGCAAACAGCUCUCUCUGAAAUUGGACCUCAAUUCAUAUGGUGGGUAGCAGCUCAGAGUAUAUUCUAUCAUCUAUACAAUCAGGUGUCUUACAUGUCCUUGGAUGAGAUCUCUCCCUUGACAUUUAGCAUUGGAAACACCAUGAAACGUAUAUCUGUCAUAGUAUCUUCAAUUAUCAUCUUCCACACACCAGUUCAGCCCGUCAAUGCUCUUGGAGCUGCAAUUGCUGUCUUCGGGACCUUCUUAUACUCACAGUCAAAACAAUAGAGUUGUGGAACAUAAAUUCCUCAAGAGACUACUACAAGGAAGUUGAUUUUGGAACAUGUGGCUGCUGGAUUUUUGUAAGACUAGGAUGAUCCGGCUGUUAGUAUCUGUAGAUAAACAAUAAUAAUAAUCAGAAAUGAUGAUGCUGAGAAACAUUAUCAUGAAACAGAUGCUUAGAGAGGUUUUUUAUUUUUCAAUUUCUUAAAUGCCAAUGGAUUGAAAUAAAAGUUCCUGUUUAUAUAGUCCGAGAAUAAUAAUUUCUCAAAACAUUGUUUACUAUAUAAGGAGUUUUAUCUAUAAUAACAUUAUGCGUGUUAUCUA